CUCAUUUCCGCUGCCGAGUCACGUCCUUUCCCUUCGGAGGCGCGCAGUGGAAAGAUGGCGGUACAGAUCUCUAAGAAGAGGAAGUUUGUCGCUGACGGCAUCUUCAAAGCUUAACUGAAUGAGUUCCUCACUAGGGAGCUGGCUGAAGAUGGCUACUCUGGCGUUGAAGUCAGAGUUACACCCACCAGGACAGAAAUCAUCAUUUUGGCCACCAGGACACAGAAUGUUCUUGGUGAGAAGGGCCGGAGGAUCCGCGAGUUGACUGCUGUUGUGCAGAAGAGGUUUGGCUUCCCUGAGGGCAGUGUAGAGCUUUAUGCUGAAAAGGUGGCAACGAGAGGUCUCUGUGCCAUUGCCCAGGCGGAAUCUCUGCGUUACAAACUCCUAGGAGGGCUUGCUGUGCGGAGGGCCUGCUAUGGUGUGCUGCGGUUCAUCAUGGAGAGCGGAGCCAAGGGCUGUGAGGUCGUGGUGUCUGGGAAACUCCGCGGACAGCGGGCUAAGUCCAUGAAGUUUGUGGAUGGCCUGAUGAUCCACAGUGGGGACCCUGUCAAUUACUAUGUUGACACUGCUGUGCGGCACGUGCUACUCAGACAGGGUGUGCUGGGUAUCAAAGUAAAGAUCAUGCUGCCCUGGGAUCCAAGUGGUAAGAUUGGCCCCAAGAAGCCUCUUCCUGACCAUGUGAGCAUUGUGGAACCCAAAGAUGAGAUCCUGCCCACCACUCCCAUCUCGGAGCAGAAGGGUGGGAAACCAGAGCCGCCUGCCAUGCCCCAGCCGGUCCCUACUGCCUAACAGGUUGUUCCUGGCAGCAGUAUCUGAAAAUACUGCUGUGUGGAGACAUUUAAUAAAUUUUGCACAAAGAC